AUGGCCCGAAAGGCGGCUGGGAAACCGCCUGAGGAAAUCUUGUUGGACUGGAAACGGGAGCAAGCCUCGUUGAAGGCCCGUGUUGUGGACCAGGACACGGAAGCUUGGCAACUGGACCCCGCCUUCUCAGGCCUGCAGAGGGUCGGGGGCGUGGACGUGUCUUUUGUGAAGGACGACAGUGGCAGCGCCUGCGCCUCCCUGGUGGUGCUCAACUACCCAGAGCUUGAGGUGCUGUAUGAGGACUGCCGAAUGGUGACCCUGACGGCCCCCUACGUUUCGGGCUUCCUGGCCUUUCGAGAGGUGUCUUUCCUGGUGGACGCGGUACAGCGGCUUCAGGAGAGGGAACCCUGCCUCAUGCCCCAGGUCCUUUUCGUGGAUGGAAAUGGGGUGCUGCACCACCGAGGUUUUGGGGUGGCCUGCCACCUUGGUGUCCUCACAGACCUGCCUUGUAUCGGGGUGGCCAAGAAACUCCUGCAGGUGGACGGGCUCGAGAACAACGCUCUGCACAAGGAGAAGAUACAGCUCCUAAAGGCUGGAGGAGACUCAUUUCCUCUGAUGGGAGGCUCUGGGACUGUCCUGGGCAGGGCCCUGAGGAGCCACGACCACAGCACCAAGCCCCUCUAUGUCUCUGUGGGCCACAAGAUAAGCCUGGAGGCAGCUGUGCGCCUGACCCACAGCUGCUGCAAGUUUCGGGUCCCGGAGCCUGUGCGCCAGGCCGACAUCCGCUCCCGAGACUACAUCCGCAGGACCCAGGAAGUCCAAGGGGCCCCUGAGCCGCAGUCGGGGAGGAGCAAGGAGGCACAAAGGCCAAAAGCGUGCCCCCAAGGAGUCUCAGAAGAGCCUGCAGCAUUUUACAUCCACUGUCCCGGUGUUGAGGAGCCAAGGCCGACACCACCCACCCCUUCGCCCAGAGGGCUACCCCACCUCCCCCGUUGGCCACCCACCCUCAAACAUCGCCGCCCCCUCCGCCUCCAUUUCCUCGCGGAGGAGCAGGUCGUGGGGAGAGAAUGCCUCUAG